UUAAUAAUAAUUUAAUUAUUUUUGGAAUUAGUAACAGUCAAUAAAAGUGAAUUAAUGGGGGAUGAAGUUUAUCUUCAUAUUCCACUGCAUUCAGUGUGCAGUGCAGUUACAAUUGUAGAGGACCCUUAGUUUUCUCGAAUUAACCGUUGGAAUGACUUGAUUAAAGCAACAGGUUCUAUAAAUAAGGAUAAUAGUUUGAGAAGAAGGGAAGUGACAGAUGCCUGAAGUUGAUAUGAUGGGUCUGAAAUAUGGAAUGGUCUUGUUGAUGGUCCUUGCAUGCUUUGAUGCGCUUGGAACAGCAACCAGGGACAACAACAUGGUGAAGUGCUGGAGCAACCUCGUUGAGCUGAAAUCAUGUUCCAAUGAGAUCAUGCAUUUCUUCAUCAAUGGUGAAGCUGAUAUUGGCCCCAACUGUUGCUGUGCCAUUACUGUCAUAACCCACAAUUGCUGGCCCUCCAUGCUCACUUCAUUGGGCUAUUCUUACCAGGAAGCUCUUCAUAUUCUUGCCUACUGUGAGGAUGCUGCUCCAACUCCAGCUUUGUCUCCUUCUCAUCCAAUCAUCUAUUAAAUAACUAUAUAUCAAUCUUCACUACAACCCUUUUCUGUAUCUAUGGAGUAAAUUCACCUUCUUCGUCCAAUUUCAUACGUAUAAUUAUGUUAGCUUAUAUUCCAUGGUUAUUGGAAUAAAUAAAAAACGUGUUCUUCUAUGAUUUUUGCUAUGUUUAUCGUAGUUUUCAUUAAAAAAAAAUUCUCCUUGCUUUACUGUGUAGUUUAUAUAAUGGUGGAUGUUUCAUUAUGCAAGAAAGAAAUGGGAAAGAAAAUGAGUGAACAGUGAAAUAACAGUAAAAGUGUUAGAUUUGAGAUAAAUAGGUAAAUAAAAAGAGUAAUGAUUUUGAAGAGGUGUGCAUGGAAGAAAAUUCUAACAUUACCAAGUGACAUCACCAGCAAACUCAAUACUUUAUUUGUACUUAUUAUGCUGUUGAAAUAUGCAAAUAAUUUGUAUUGUG